GUCUUCAUAUCUCUUCUCCUCCGACUCCGAUCUCUGCGCUAGGUUUCCCACUCGGUUCUCCCUCCGCCCCCCACACCCACCCGUCUCCUCGACCUCUCGAUCGAGCGAUCGGAGGCGAAAUUAGGGCACUGAUCUCGUCUCCCACCACCGUUUUCGCGAUCGUCGUCUCGAGGGAUUCGGCUAGGGUUUCCGGGGCGCCGCCGCGGCGAAGAAGAUGUUCGGGAGGGCGCCGAAGCGGGGCGACAACUCCAAGUACUACGAGAUCCUCGGCGUCCCCAAGAGCGCGUCGCAGGACGAUCUCAAGAAGGCCUACCGCAAGGCCGCGAUCAAGAACCACCCCGACAAGGGCGGGGACCCCGAGAAGUUCAAGGAGUUAGCCCAGGCUUAUGAGGUUCUAAGUGAUCCUGAGAAGCGUGAGAUCUACGAUCAAUAUGGUGAGGAUGCCUUAAAGGAAGGAAUGGGUGCUGGAGGAGGCACGCAUGACCCAUUCGAUAUUUUCCAAUCAUUUUUCGGUGGAAGCUCCUUUGGAGCUAGUAGUAGCAGCAGGGGGCGAAGGCAGAGGAGGGGAGAAGAUGUAGUCCAUCCCCUUAAAGUUUCUCUGGAGGACCUUUACAAUGGGACAUCAAAGAAGCUCUCUCUUUCACGAAAUGUCAUUUGCUCCAAAUGCAAGGGUAAGGGCACGAAAUCUGGGGCUUCCAUGAAAUGCGCCGGCUGCCGAGGUUCUGGUAUGAAGGUCACUAUCCGCCAGCUGGGGAUGGGCAUGAUUCAACAGAUGCAGCACCCGUGCAACGAGUGCAAGGGCACUGGGGAGACCAUAAGUGAGAAAGAUCGAUGCCCGCAGUGCAAGGGCGAGAAGGUCGUUCAGGAGAAGAAGGUCCUCAAGGUUGUGGUCGAGAAGGGAAUGCAGAACAGCCAGAAGAUUACCUUCCCUGGGGAGGCAGACGAGGCGCCUGAUACAAUCACAGGAGACAUCGUGUUCGUCGUCCAACAGAAGGACCACCCCAAGUUCAAGAGGAAGGGCGACGAUCUCUUUGUUGAGCACACUUUAUCCCUCGCUGAGGCUCUUUGUGGUUUCCAGUUCGUUUUGACUCAUUUGGACAACAGGCAGCUACUCAUCAAAUCAAACCCCGGUGAAGUCGUCAAGCCCGAUCAAUUCAAGGCGAUAAACGACGAAGGCAUGCCGAUACACGGUAGGCCGUUCAUGAAGGGAAAGCUCUACAUCCACUUCACAGUGGACUUCCCCGAGGCGCUGACCCAAGAGCAGGUCAAAGCACUCGAGCCCGUGCUCCCGCCGCGGUCCACGUCCGCUCUAACGGACAUGGAGGUGGACGAGUGCGAGGAGACUACGCUGCAUGAUGUGGACAUCGAGGAGGAGAUGCGGAGGAAGCAGGCCCAGGCUCAGGAGGCCUACGAGGAGGACGAUGAUGCGUAUGGCGCGGCCCAGAGUGUGCGGUGCGCGCAGCAAUGAGGCGCGCGGCCACGAUGCCUUCUAGGUGAGGAAUUCAAUCAACACAGUAAUUUAUUGGGUACAUGGAAGACUUCCUUUUUCAGUUUGGUUGUUAUAAUUUGGUUUUUUUUUUUGCGGCAUAUUUUAACGUUUCAAUGGUGGAUAACAAGUUGACUAUAAUAUUGCUCUUGAGUUUGAGAUUUAAAUUACCGUAGAAGAAGCUUUUCUUUUGUUGGUAAGAAAGCUUGGAAAUUUUCUUUCUAAGUUAUUUUUGCUGGUUGAGAUGUAUUAAUACUUUUAAAACUACCACUUUGUUUA